GGCGACGCCUGCGGUCCACAUCAGCACGUGGGCGCCAUUGAGAUGCAGCUGCUUCCUGUGUGGACGGUACUGGCGGCGGUCGCCAUUCAGCGGUGCCUGGCCACCGCCGACCUGACGUGCGACUGCCGCAUGCGGCAACUGCGGGACCCCUCGAUCAGCCUGCACUGCUCCAGAAGAGAGGCUCCGACACCUGGAGUUUCGUGCCAACAAUCCAAAGUGUCGGACAUCCCGCGAGGUUACCAGUUCGUGCCUGGUUACGGGCUGGUGAAGCUCUACCGCACGUUCAAGACGUGGUGGGCGGCCAAGGAGGCCUGCAAGGCUGAUGGAUCUCGGCUGGCGAUCCCGCCAGACCGUAACGCCGUCGACGGACUGAACCAGAUAUUCGCCAAGGAGAACGGACUCUGGUGGGCCUGGGUUGGCAUCUCUGACGAGGCCAGAGAGGGCGUAUUCGUUGGAGUUGACGGUCGGCCAGCCCCUUUCCUGCCGUGGCAGCCCAAACAGCCCAGCGAUCACGAAGGCAAAGAGAACUGCGUCAACACCCGCAACGACGGCCUGUACAACGACCUCAACUGCGACUGGCAGUCGCCUUUCUUCUGCGAGCGCCUGCUCUCCGUGGGAGUCCCCGACUCGUACCGCUGGCUGGAGGAGGCGGGCCGCUUCUACAAGGUCCACAAGGAGAAGCGGAGGCACAACGAAGCCGCCGAGGUGUGCCGCUCCGAGAACGCGACUCUGGCCGUGACGGACUCGUGGCGCCGCGGCGAAGCCCUCCUGCGCACUCUUAUCACGCCGGAGAGCCUCGAGUACCACAUUGGCUUCACCGAUCGGGCAGUCGAAGGCGACUUCGUUACGGAUACAGGGAGGCACUUGAAUGAUAUGGAGUUCUUAGUGUGGGGAUACGGGGAGCCCAAGAACAGGAAGGAUGAAGACUGCCUGUCUCUGAAUGGCGAGGGCUACUACACUGACAUCUCCUGCGAAUUGGAGCGGCCCUUCAUCUGCGAGAUCGUGCCCUAGUGACGACAUUGCGAGGUCGGCUGCUAGAUGCGGUCGAGAAUGGCCGCGAGUGUAGGACGAGGCUUCUGACUUUUCAGAACAAAUUAAUAGUGACAUAGACGAAGUUAACUCAUGAUAGUUGUUACAUCAGACGUUUAAUAAAUGACAAUAGGAUA